AUGGGUUCGUCGAGCGCCGUCAUCUUUCACAAUGGAAGGUUCUUUCAGAGUUCGGGCACAGAUGGCCGGAAUCACCACUUUGUCGACUGCAUCGUUGCCGAUGCUGCUGGGCAAAUCACUCAUGUCGGCCAGUCCAGCGACGCCCAGGUAGCACAAGCCGAAGCAUCAGGUGCCGUUCGCCACGACAUGCAGGGCCGCAUUGUCCUGCCGGGUUUUUUUGAUGGCCACAUACAUCUCCUUAGUCUCGGCCAGUCGCUGAAAAGCGUACCACUGCAGCACUGCCGGAACUUGGACGAUAUCAAGGCAGCCAUCAAGGAGUAUGCCGAGGCCAACCCCAGCGCACAAAGAAUCACCUGCAAAGGAUGGAUGUUUUCUAUGACACCAGGAAAAGUCACAUCGGCAAUGCUCGACGACAUAGAUCCAAGGCCAAUCUACAUUGACGAGAAAAGCCUGCACGCUACCUGGUGUAACACUGCUGCGCUCGCGGAACUCGACAUUGCCGACACCCCAGAUCCUGUGGGAGGCACGAUAGAGAGGGAUGCAUCGGGCCAAGCCACGGGUGUCCUGCUUGAAUCCUGUGUCAUGCUCAUCAUCUGGCCGCAUCUGGCCCGAGUGGCCUCCAUGGAUGAGAAGCUGGCAUCCAUUAGGGGCGCCAUAGAGGUCUUUAACGCAGAGGGUUAUACGGGCGCCAUUGACAUGGCCUUGGACGAGAACGCGCUGGAAGCUAUACAAACCCUGAGGCAGAGGGAAGCUCUUCCCUUUAGACUGGCGGCCCACUGGCUGAUUGCCCCCAAAAAAGACCCAGCAGAGACGCUGGCGCAAGUGGACAGAGCCAUUGAGCUGAGGGACGAGCUCAACGCCGAGACUAGCCCCGACUUUCGCAUUGCCGGCAUCAAGAUCAUAUGCGAUGGAAUUAUAGAUGCUUGCACAGCAGCACUCACCGAGCCGUACUCGUCCAAUGCCGUCGACUGCAGCCCGCUGUGGACGUUGGAGGAAAUCGCACCCGUGGUCAAAAAGGCCGACGAGGCUGGCUUACAGUGCGCCCUCCACGCUAUUGGAGACUACACGGUGCGCAUGGCCAUUGAUGCUCUCGAGCAGAAUGCCACUGUUGGUCGCAGGCACCGCAUCGAGCAUUUAGAGCUCGCCAUGCCAGAGGAUGCGGCUCGUCUCGGGCGGCUGGGCAUCACGGCAUCGGUUCAGCCCGUGCACUCGGACCCGGCAAUCCUGCGAGCUUGGCCGCAGCUCCUGGGGGAAGAUCGGUGCGGGCGCGCGUUUGCCUACAAGGACUUUGCCGACGGCGGCGCGGUGCUCGCGCUGGGGUCGGACGCCCCGACCGCACCUCACGGCCCGUUGCAAAACAUCUACACGGCCACGACGCGCCGCUCAGCUCGCGAGCCCGACCUGCAGACCACCGUCAACCCCCAGUUCGCCCUGCAGUUGUCCGCCGCCAUUUCUGGGGCUACGGCUGGCUCUGCAUACAGUUGUUUCGCAGACAACCUCACGGGCAAGCUCGAUGUUGGCCUCUCGGCGGAUUUUGCAGUCGUCGACAUGGAGUGGGACACUGCGAGUCUGUUACAGGCAAGCGUUAAGCAGACCUGGUUCAAGGCCAGGAAGGUCUUUGACGCCAAUUCUGCCAGCGUGGCAAGUUAG